CUGAUUGGUUGAGGGCGGCUACCCCGUGUCAGCGGGGUCCGGGUUGGCGUUGCCACGGGCUGUGAGGGCGGUGGGCGCGGAGGGAUCCGGCCGCUCCUCGGCCCCGCCUCGCCUCGCUCCAGCGGGGAAUGCCGCCGACUCAUCCAACAACGUGUGCUGUGAGUAGCCCGGAGACUCCCUGGCAGCGAAGACCGAAGUGCCCCAGACCCGCAACAGAACAUGAGCAGCAGAAGCUGUGGCAGAGGUUCCCCUCAGCACCAGCAAGGAGCAACCCAGCAAACACUUUUGACUGCAGCAGACUCUUUGGGAAGAAGAAUGCCACCAAAUAUUGGCUGACACAGAAGGACUUCAGUCAUGUGAAGGCAGCCCCUGAUGAAAGUCGAGGCAUCAUCGCUUCUGCUCAGGCCGUCUUGGACAGAGAAAAUUAUUUUGUGAGGGAGGUGGACAGGUAUUUGAGGCACAAUGAUUUCUUAAAUCUGAGAAAGAAGGAGAUCCUCUACAAGAAAUGGCUUGAGGAUGUUUCAGAGCCGCUGCUGCAGAAAAUUGAGGACAAGAUGGACAGCCAGUCGAGUGACGAAAUAGAGAAACGGAAGGAAGAACAGCUCUCCCUCUAUUUAAACUACUGUAAAAAGAAGGGCUAUGUGGCUUUGGAAACUUACGACCCGUCGGAGUAUGACCCGUUCCUCCUGCAGAGGAGUACGGAGUGCUGGAAGGUUUCAAUACCAGCCUUGCAGGACCCUCUGUUAAAAGCCGUUCAGCAAAAGUUCGUUGAGACAGGCAUUGUCAAGCAGUGCGAGACAGGAAGGCUGUGCUCCGCCAGAGAGCUGAACAAGCUCAGCAGGGCAGAACUGCCGCUGCUUCCUCUGAGCCGGCAGCGCAUGGAUGCCGUGGCGUGGCUGAAGAUCCCGCCAGCCUACAUUGCAAGCGAGGCCCACCGGACCAAGAGGCAGCGAGUCAUGGAGCACCACAAAGACAGCAAGAGCUGAUGGCACCGGUCCUCCAGCUGACUGCCGCAGCAAGCAGGGCCAUCAGAAGGUACUAUGUGGAAAAUGCGUGUUAGAUCUGCCAAAGGAAGUGGUAACAGGCCAGGUCUCCCAAAAACCUGCAAUAAACUCAUUGUCU